AUGAUAUGGAUUAUGUUCAAUAGCAUGGAAAUAGAGAAAUGUCUUGGAUAUGUAUUAAUGAUGACAAAUGACGACAUUUACUUGAACCAUUUUUUUUCUUUUGAAUUUUAGCGAUAUCAGAACUGUUAAGUGAGGUUUUCCAAGAUAUAAAAGAACCGCGUUCCAAAGACUUUUGUGAUAGGAAGUUGAGUUGACGAUUUGGAGACUUGGUGAAAGACAAAAAUGGGAAGCCUAGGCGAGGAAGAGCUGGUUCAAAUGGUGAGAGAUUUCAUUGAAUCAGAAACGCCCACUUCCAUUUCAGUACUGAAAGUGAAAACUACAACACCGCUUUCUCUCAAUCAUCAACCUGUUUUGCAGGAGGUUCUAGGAAAACACACGGAUGAGGAGGUCGGGAUACAUGAAAAGAUAUUAAUGUAUUUAAAAGAUAUGGGAACUGCUGGGCAUCAGACGAACAAUCUGAAGAAGUUGGUAGUAAUGAAACUGAGAAACGAUGGUUAUGAAGCUUCUCUUUGCAAAACUUCAUGGGUCUGCAAUUCUAGCCAUCACAAAGUUUUCCAAUGUCCAGGUGGGUACGAGUAUAUUGAUGUAAUGGUGGUGGAAAAUAGUAGACCCAAAAGGGUAAUAGUGGAUAUGGAAUUCAGGUCUCAGUUUGAAUUAGCAAGGCCAACAGUGACCUACAGAGAUAUGAUAAACGGUCUGCCAUUGAUCUUUGUUGGUACUGAAGAGAAGCUUAACAGGAUCAUCCCUUUACUUUGCUCAGCUGCUAAAAGGUCACUCAAAGAGAAUGGUCUCCAUGUUCCUCCCUGGAGAAAACCUUCUUAUAUGCAGUCCAAAUGGCUCUCCAAAAACUGCAAAAAAGUUUCGGUCUCACCACAAGACAUUGACUUGCUUGAGGAUCAUCAUCAUCGUCAUCAUCAUCAUAAAACUGAAGAAAAAAGCAGUACUGCUGCUACAUGCUUUCCUUCCAUCUUCAGUAGAAGUCAACUCCAAUUUUGCUUGAAGCCCUAGAGACAAUAGAAUAUAUAUAUAUACACUUGCUUCUGCCUUGUUUACCUUUUUGCGCUUUUCCUUUCUUCGCAGAUCAACCUGUUUUUGUUCACAGGGUAUCAAUAUUUUAUCCUCCAAAAUGGGAAUUUUAUUUUAUUUUUUUUGUUUUUCUUUUAGUUGGAGCUCCAAAAUGGGUUGUAAAUGUAGUUUGGGCAGACUAAAAUUUUGAUCUUGUAAAUGUAGUCUUUUUCUUGUUUAUAAUUUUAUCCACA